AUGGCCCAUUUCUCUAUCGCAACUCGUCCUGUCUCUAACAUUAUCGCUGCUCGCAACCUUUCAGCUCCCCCUCCUAUGGAAGCGUCACCGCUCACUCGCCAGCCUCAGCCGGAGGUCUUUACCCCAAAGAUCAUCCAGCUGUACGACUCUCUCUUCAAGGAUGAAUACGAUGACGAGGAGAAGACCGACGGCUUCUGGGCUGAGUUUUUCCUCCUUAGACCUGAUCGUGCAGCCUUGAGACGUAUCCUCAACGACCUUAGUCCCAGCCAUGUCUUGUCCCUCGACAUGCGUACGCAAGAGCUCUUUGCGAGAGCCAUAGCUACGGUUAAGGGCGCGCAUAACCUUGCGCAGCUGCAUGCGCUCGAAACGCUCAGUGUCUUUCUAUCAUGCCUCCUCUCGAAACGAUACCCCCAGCCAAGCUCCGACAUCAUGGUCCUGCUCGCAGGACUCGACCACAUCGACUCCGUCUUUACCGAAUUUGUCAGCGCAGUGGAGGCUAUAAUAAGAAACAGCAAGGACUUGGAGGUUCGAUACAAGGCAAUUGAGGUGCUGGUGGCGGUAACAGCUGGGGCGUACCAAACAACGUUGUUAACAUAUCUGAUUCAAAGAGACCUCUUCCCUGCAGUCAUGAAGUUCAUCCAAGACGCAGACACAGCAGAUCAAGUCCUCCUGCCCUUCACAUUACUAGGCCUCCUCGCCAACUACAACAAAUUUGAGUUCCAGAACCCCUACCAACAGCGACUAAACGACUUUGUCAACGAAGCCGUGAUCCAGAAGAUUGUCGGCGCCCUAGGACAAGCUUGUCAAACGGUUCGAUCGCGGUAUAUCACAAUCCAGGACGAUCUGCCCGAAGGCUGGACAUUCAGCGCUACCCUCAACAUGAUCGGACUCGGCGCAAUUGCCCCUGGCCCAAAGCCUGUAAAGAACCCAGUAUACGAUGUCGAGACUGCCAAGGCUCUCUUUACUCAACUGCCUGAGGAGGAAGCUGCUGUUCUUCUAGCUACAUACGACUUCACCCAUGCUAACAAGCUCUUCUGCUUUAAUCUGGUGACGAUGGCACCAGAACCCGGUGCUGAGCAGCCCAUCGCCAGCUAUCUCUCCCUUACAUCCUAUCUCCUCCAACACGCCUACCUCUCCCCUCGCGCCACCUACUAUGCCCAUCUCAACCUCAUGGUAUUCCGUCUCCUGAUCGAAGAUCCCACGAUUUGCAAGCGUAUCUGCAGCGAUGAGUCCCGCGUAGCAGUCCGUUUGUGUCGGCAACGGCAGCCCUAUCUCCCUCUCGUCAAAGGCGAGCGAGUCCUCGCCAUCUCUCUCCUCGACACCAUGAUUGACGGUGUGAACCACAACCUCCGUCGUCGUCUGGACGUCAGUCUCUAUACACUCUGCUUCGGCAUUAUGCUCCGCGUCGUCUCCUACCUCUCUCGCACACGCACACGUCUCGAGUACCACUGGCCCGAGUUCUUUCGCUCCCUACUCUCCAUCGUUCGCUUCUUCGCCACAUACACAGCCGAUCUGAAGGACCUACCACACAUCGACACUCUUCUCGACCACGUGGUCAACCUCAUCGCCCUAUCUCUCUCCGCUGGCGAAGCUUUCCUUCCCACACCCGCAGACUACGACGAUCUCUUCUACAAAGUCGUCGAGUCCGGCGAGAUCCUCACCAAGUUCAAGGAGAAUUACCGCUUGGCUAACCGCCACAGCAACUCCAUCGACACACUGAUUAAUGUCAGCGCGCACUACAACCAGAUGCUGUCGGAGGGCGGUGUGAGUCGCAGGAAACCCAGUCUCUUGACGACGCAGGAGGUCACAGAGGUAAUUCGUCAGGGAUACGAGACGUUGAGUAUCCAGGCCAAGGAAGGUCUGGAUUCAUGGGAGCGGUACCGGGAAGCGGAUGAGAGGACGCUGCUCAAGAAGGUAGCUAGGGCAGCAGUUGGCGACGUGCGUGUCAUGAUUGAGCGGUAG